AGAGAAAGAGAAAGAGAGGGAGGGGGAAGAACAGCGUAAGCUUGUAUACAACUACCUCGAUUUCCAUUUCCCCCCCAACUCGUAAUGUAUUUAAUUCAAGCGAAACGUAAUCAUGACGUGUCUUGUCAUUAAUCUCCUCGCCGCCUCUCCCGUGGUGUCAGAGACCCUUUCAGAACUGCAUCCUCUUUCAUCUAAGGAAGCAAAUGAUGGAAUACACACACUACUAGCACAGAAUAUGGAUUCUCCAAGAGAAUGUUUGAUUGCCCUUUCCUCUAAGGUUCCCCUGUCCCCUCCAUCAAUGCCUUCACUAGAUGACAGUCCUCACACCUUACCCCAAAGCCCUCACUCUGCCCAAUCUAGCCCUCUUACUAACCCCUAUACACAACUGUCACCUUUUGAUGACGGCAACCAGCAAGAUGAAGAUGAAGAUGAGGACCUGUCAGGGCCACCAUCUCCCAAUACAGUUACACUGUUUCAAGACGAAGAACAGUUGUGUACUCCCUCUUCAGAGAGCAGUCCUCCAGCCACUCCAUCUGCGCCACCACCUGACUUUGUAGCCCUGGAGCAAGUACUUUCUUCUGGGGAUGGUGCUACCUGCAAUGAUGAACUAGACCUGCAGCUUUUCAACAACGAAAGCAUGGCUGUCCAAGGAGGUUCUACCACUGGUCCAGCCCUCAGGUUCCCUUGCCAUGUUUGUGGGAAGAGGUUCCGCUUUCAGAGCAUUCUGUCCUUGCAUGCCCGAGCUCAUAGUUUGGACAGGGACCGCCAGUCCACUGCCCUGAACAAAACGUCACAUGUUAAACCAGAAAAAAACCAUUUAAAUGAUACUGUUAUUAGAAAACACAGAAGGCUUAAUUCAAAUUCAAUAUAUAAGUCAUUUCACCUGAAUCAGAGAGAAGAGACUGUACCAGAGGAUUCUUUUCAAACCCUCAAUAGCCCUCAGUUUGAAAUGGAUGAAACCUCAACUCUGACUCCACCUCUAACAGAAGAUGCACCGGUCUCUUCAACCUUUUCUCCAUUAGGGUCUGCCCUCAUGGAAGAUCCAAGCCCUCCUGUGGCAGCACUUUCCUUCCGCUGCCAUGCAUGCAAGGGUAAAUUCCGUACAGCCUCUGAGCUAGCUCGUCAUGUUCGGAUUCUCCAUAACCCAUACAAGUGUACACUGUGCCCAUUCUCAGCCAAUAAGGAGGAACGCCUAGCUAUUCACCUACAGGAAAGCCACCCACCUGAAGAGCCUUUGACACAUCCUGCCUUCCCUUCCUCCCCAAUCACAUUGCAACCACAGACACCUUCAUCACAAGCACCUGCUGUUCCAGCAUUCCGUUGUGAGACUUGUGGUCAGCGGUUUACCCAGUCCUGGUUCCUCAAGGGUCAUAUGCGCAAGCACAAGGCCUCGCUUGACCACAAAUGCCAGGUUUGUGGCCGUGGUUUUAAGGAGCCCUGGUUCCUCAAGAACCAUAUGAAGGUGCACCUCAACAAACUGGGCCUGAAGGCUGGUCUAGGCGAUUUGGGACCUUCAGGGACUGAACAUUCCAAAGGUGCUGCUAGGAGCCAUGCCUUAGGGGCUCUCUAUUCUAAUGUGCUCCUCUCACACAGUGGGGCAGCUGGAAGUGCAAAGGCAGGUAAUCGGACAGAAAGGUCAGAAUUCAGUGAAGGAUCAAGCAGAUCUUCAUUAUGGGGUUACCUCAGGUUGCCAAAUGACAGCAGUGGUGCUAGUUGUAUGGAACGCCUUCAGGCAGUGGCGCAGGUGGCAGAGAUCGGUAAUGGUGGAGAGAGAGUAGGAACAGAGGUAUUGGAUGGACGAGAGCAGGCAGCUAUGUGGGAACUGGUAGCACAUAGACUGGCAGCAGUGCAGCAGAGCCAGCAGCAGCAGAGGUCCCAGGUGCAGCAACAAUACCCUUCCUCACAAUGCUCUGCUGUUGGGGAAGCUGACCAGAUGAAUGCCUACUUAGGUGGCCAUGGCUUCAAAGAAGACCUGGAAGCUUCCAGAGCCCCUUGGGAGUGUCCUGAAUGUGGAAAGCUUUUCCAGAAUCUUCAGCAGGUAGUGGCUCAUGCUCGUGUUCAUUCUCAGAGACCACAAAAGUAUCGUAGUGUACAUGGGAGAAAAGAAGAGGAUGGUCUACAAAAAACUGCUGGACUCCAAGCAGGAGAAGGACGAGGGCACAGAAAAGAAGGCAGACAAGAUUCUCAACAGCUCCAAUCUGGAGUGGGGACACUUGGAGGUUUCCACUCAACUAUAGCACAUCUCUCUGGGGACAGCGGUCUCAGAGGAACAUCAUUUGGAGCUUCAAGGGAGCGGGUGCGAGGAACAGGAAUGAAGGAUUGCCCCUACUGUGGUAAAUCUUUCCGGUCUUCCCAUCACCUUAAAGUACACCUACGUGUGCACACAGGUGAAAGACCAUACAAAUGUCCCCACUGUGACUAUGCUGGCACACAGUCUGGAUCUCUUAAAUACCAUCUACAACGUCACCAUCGUGAGAGAAAUGCCAUGGCAAACUCUCCUAGCUCUUCCUCUUCAAGCCACCCCCCCUCAUUGACUGGUUCUCCACGAGAGAAACAACAUCGUCCAUCAACUGCAAACCAGGGCUCAUUUCCUACAUUCAGACACAGCCAGAACUUGGCCACUGGAUCCACUGAAAAGAAAGAGAGUCAUCUGAAAUCCAGAGAUGCUCAAAAGGAAAGAAAUUUGGAGAGUCAGUAUCGUUUUCUGUCUGGUAUGAUGCAGGAACUGUACCCAGGAGGACUAGAUGGGGGAUGGAGAGUUGAGACACCUGCUCCAAAAACACCCAAAAUAUCCAGACGCAAGCCAAUGGUUACAAGUCGUAUGAUGCCAGCUAAUGGGUAUCAAGGCAGUGUCAAUUCUAGUGCUUCCCAAGAAUGUGGACCCCUAGACCUUUCUCGCCGCCCUGUGUCUAGUAUAGGUGCAGUGGAACAAGUCGGAGGAGUAGUGAGUAGCUCUGAUAGUCCAACAGGGGGACCAAAAGGAGAUGGAGAUACUCUAAAUCAGUGUGUCUUUUGUCCAUUUCGAACCUCUUCUUCUGAGCUGAUGGCAAUGCAUCUUCAAGUCAACCACACCAGCAAGUCCCGUCGUAAAAGGGGGGGAGUUGUAACAAGUGACAACCACUCUUCCAGACUGACCCUAUAUGGAAUGAACCAUGACCCUUUGGCACUGUGGAAAUUUCUUAGUGAAGGUGAUGAAAUCAUGGCCAUGGAUGACUGGAUAAAAUACAGGUCAAGGUCUAAAAAUGGGGUCAGUCUGGAAGAUGGGGACCUAGAGAUGGAACCUACAAAGCAAGGGCUUAAACUAGGAGAUGGCAAACUGGAUAACAUAGAUGAUCAUGAAAUGAAAGAAAUAGAGGAUGUUCUGGAAACAACAAGUGAACUUGAAGCUAACUGCCAUCAACAGGGCAUGACAAAGGAUCUAUCAGACAUGAUGCAGGAGGAGUUGCACGAGGAUGGGGAGAAACUUGUGAAGAACUAAGCGAUUUCAAAUCCCCCAGAGGAACACAGAGCUGGAAUCAAGGAUCUAUUGGCAAAAUUAGACACAGAAAACUAAAAUGAGGCUGAUCAUGUUCUUUCCAACACAAGGACAUCAUGUCCUAGUUUCAUACAUAGUCAAAGACUUGCACACAGAUAUAUAUCCAGUAUUCUAUGCUAGUCUUAGCCUUCAGGGGUCCCGAGGCCUUCUUGACUGCUGGUUUCUUUUUGUAUAUUUUUUUUCGUUUUUGUCAUUUAAGGUAAUUGCCAAGUUAUAUUUCUUUCUACUGUGAGACAUUCCUAUGUCAAAAGCAUCUGGAAAUAUUAAUUGCUAGGACAGGAAAAGCAAAAAAGAAAAAUAAAUCAGAUUUUUUUUUGUACUAAUACAAUAUCUUGUGUUAACUAAAAAAAAAAAAGGCUUAAAAUAAGAGCUAGAUGUAGUCUACAAUAUCCAUCUGACAAAAAUCUUUUUUGCAUUUUGACAACUCUUGCACCAAUAACCAAAUGGAUAAAAUUUCUUUCCAUACAUUUACCAGGUUUUAUGCACAGUAUGCUGUGAUGACAAAAUGGUACUGAUGAUGAAAUUUUUUUAAUAAUAAACAACAGGGCAAAUAAUAUUCUCCCCAAAUAUGCUAUCAGCUAGGUUUGGCAGUCUUCUAGAGAACAAGAUUCCUUCUACUUCAUUCUGUCUCAGUGCCUGGUGCUGUAUUUAUUUUUAGGGGAAUUCUACAACAAAGGAAAUUAUAUUUCAUAUAUACAGUAUAUUCCAAUUUAUGUAAAAGCUAGGUAAGGUAAAAUAGUUCUGGAACAUUGUGGCAGCAGUUACUGUGACCUGUCUGUUGAGCCUGAAGGAGCGGAACUUUUUAGAAGCGUGAGAACAGAUGGCCAGCUGACAGAGAACAAAUUGUAGUGUUUACAUCAUAAAUACCACUAUGACUUUGUUUUUGGAUGAAAUUGGAUCACAGUCUCCGAGGAGACAUUAAGAAGGAUUGAGGACUGGUUUUCAUGUAUGGAAUGAAGCAUUUCAAAAACAUUGAGUCCAACUCAAAGAGACUCAGUCAGUCAUUCCUAGUUUUUUUUCUCUCUCACCUGUAAAUCACCCAAAAGAGAGACAAGAAAGACAUAGGUCCCUAAGCAUCAGGGCAAAUCCAAUAAAAAAUAUUAAUAACUGUGGCAUCUUUAAGAUCAAUAGUUUUUUAAAGAAACAAUAAGAAGCAUUAUUAAUAAAAUCACUAACACCUUCAUAGACAUCCCAAUAGAAAUGUGUAGCUUUUAUAACUAUUAAAAAAAAUAAAAACAGAAAAAAGCUCUUUUUAAAUGUUUUUUUUAUUUUAAGAAGAAUUCAUUACUUAAUGAAUAAACGUGAUAUCAAUAUCAGUAAUAAUAAUGGUUGUGGUAGAAUACUGGUCUGGAAUGUUAAAAACACUGUGCAAAGUUCAUUGUUUUCAAUGAAAGUAGAAUUUUGUUUGUCUUUUGAAUAUAGACCAAACCUUUUGUUUAUGGGUUAUUGUUUAUAUUGAGUCACUUUCUUUUGAAGUAAUGCUGCAGAUUCAAAUGUCUGUUCCUAAUCAUACUACAAAGUGGUCAAUCAAUCAAUCAAUCAAUCAAAAAAAGUUGAUGAAAUCAACAAAUCCACUAUUGAUCUAAUCAGGCAUACAAUCAAAAAUCUAGUCUUCAGCACUAAAGUGUUGGCACUGUAAUGUAUUGAUAAUUUAUUUAUUAAUUAUUGCAAAAAGUGUGUCAAGGACAUAUCACUUUAUUGUCAGUUUGACUGACUAAUGAACUAUAAGGGACUGACUCCCUGUUUUCUAUACUAAUAAUGUUUAUGGCAUUCUCACACAUUACUUACCCCAAAAACAAUUUGUGUGAUUGAAUGAACUGUACCUUAUCUUGCCUCUUGUGCCACUGACUGAUAGAGAUGGGUACUGAUUGUUACUGCUGGCCUUACUAUAUAAAUGUGCAUGUGUUGUUUUGUGUGUAGAGCACCUUAUGAGUUUGGUAGCCCCUGACGUGGUGGUCAUUAAAGAUUACACUCCAAGCCACUGUGCCUUUUGUCCUGCACACUUCCUCAAGUACUUUGAAUUCUCACCAAAAGCACCUACAGUAAACUACACUAUAUCUUCUCUCAACUUCUACCUAAAUGUUAUCACCUCUAAAGUCUUAUCAUUCUCUCUCUCUCUCUCUCUCUCUCUCUCUCUCUCUCUCUCUCUCUCUCUCUCUCUCUCUCUCUCUCUCUCUCUUUCUCUCUCU